UUAACUCCUCCCCGUCCCCGCCCCCUCCCUCGAUUUUCAACCCGAAGCUUUGGAAGGAGGGAGGGGACAAAACAGGAGCCAGAUGUGCUCUAGUCCCAGGCUCCCGCCCCCACUCUCUUCUUGGACCUCCGAAAACCCGGAGCCCUGGAGACAAGGAUUCGGAGCCAGGCAGACGCAGCACCUACCACGCCGCUCCCCGGGGACGGGCAGCGGGAGGGAGGCGGGGUGAGCAGGGCAUGCUCAGUAGGCGGGACGAAGUGUUGUGUGUGUGUGUUUUUUUUCCUCUCUCUCUCUCUCUUUUUUUCCGGUCGCAAGUAGGAAGCUUUUUGCACUCCACCACCUCUGGCCGCUGGGAAGACGUCAUCGCUUCCGCCCUACUUCCUCCUCCUGUUGGCGGCGCUGAGAAUCCAAUAUGGAGUAAAUCGGUGGAGUGCGGAGAUGGGGCUCGGACGGGGCGCCCUGCACCGCCGCCCAGGCGCAGCUCCUCUGACCGCCGACCGCUCCCCGGAAGCCUGAGCGCCGGGCCCCGAGGGCGCCCCGGGCCCACGCCUGCCCGCGGCAGUGCCUGCCGCCUGGAGCGCCGGUCCCGUGCUCUCCCCGGGGUCCGCUUCCCAAAUCGCGCCCGUGCGCCGGCCGCCGCUCCACGGAGCUCGCGCGACGUCCCUCCCCGACCUCGCCCUGCGCUGAGGCGCCCCCAGUCUCCAGCUCCCCUCCGCACCAAAUCGGGAGAUGUGAGGAAGGGCGAGCGCACAGGAAGAUGAAGGGAGCCAGGCUGCCCGCCGCGGGACAGGCGUCUAGGUGAACAAGAAGAUGACCGAAGAAACACACCCGGACGAGACUUCUCAAACCGCAGAGGGCUCUGAACAUGAAGAAUAACGGAAAAGCCCGAACCUGAAGCUUCUUCCUCAGACCUUGACAGCUAUAUUGUGCGUGUCAAGGCUGUGGUUAUGACCAGAGAUGACUCCAGCGGGGGAUGGUUCCCACAGGAAGGAGGCGGGAUCAGUCGAGUUGGGGUGUGUAAGGUCAUGCACCCCGAAGGCAAUGGACGAAGCGGCUUUCUCAUCCAUGGUGAACGACAGAAAGACAAACUGGUGGUAUUGGAAUGCUAUGUCAGAAAGGACUUGGUCUACACCAAAGCCAAUCCGACGUUUCAUCAUUGGAAGGUUGAUAAUAGGAAGUUUGGACUUACUUUCCAAAGCCCGGCCGAUGCUCGAGCCUUUGACAGGGGAGUAAGGAAAGCAAUCGAAGACCUUAUAGAAGGCUCAACAACCUCAUCUUCCACCAUCCAUAACGAAGCUGAGCUUGGUGAUGAUGAUGUUUUCACAACAGCUACGGACAGUUCUUCUAAUUCCUCUCAGAAGAGGGAACAGCAUACACGGACAAUCUCCUCCCCCAUAUCUUGUGAGCACAGGAGGAUUUAUACCCUUGACCCUUACCCCGUCGACCAUUACCACCCUGACCAGCGGAUGCCGAGGUCCUACCCGCAAGUCAGCUUCCCGGAGGAUGAGGAGGAGAUCGUGCGCAUCAACCCUCGCGAGAAGAUCUGGAUGACGGGCUACGAGGACUACCGGCAUGCACCGGUGCGCGGCAAAUACCUGGACGCGGAGGACGCGGACUCGUACGUGCGCUUCGCCAAGGGCGAGGUGCCCAAGCAUGACUACAACUACCCGUAUGUGGACUCCUCGGAUUUUGAGGACCCCAAAGGCCGCGGGGGCGGCGUGAUCAAGACGCAGCCGCCCAGGGCCAAGUCUCGGCGGCGGCGCGAGGAUGGGGAGCGCUCACGCUGUGUCUACUGCAGGGACAUGUUCAUCCACGAGGAGAACCGCAGGGGCCGCUGCCAGGACGCGCCUGACGCGCUCAGAACUUGCAUCCGCCGCGUGAGCUGCAUGUGGUGCGCGGACAGCAUGCUCUACCACUGCAUGUCGGACCCCGAGGGCGACUACACGGACCCGUGCUCGUGCGACACUAGCGAUGAGAAGUUUUGCCUCCGGUGGAUGGCACUUAUUGCCUUGUCUUUCUUGGCCCCCUGUAUGUGCUGUUACCUGCCCCUGCGGGCCUGCUACCACUGCGGGGUGAUGUGCAGGUGCUGCGGCGGGAAGCACAAAGCCGUUGCCUGACUCGAUCCCCAGCGCCAGGGAGCUCGUGUCCUCCCCGUCCUCUCCCUGCUUCCCUGCACUCCAAAAGGAGGCCGGGCUAACCCUUCCGGCACCCUUCCAGCCCGGGGAGCCGCCUGGCACCGGCCAGCCACAUACCCACACUCGCAGUGUUCCCAGGAAAGGAGCCUUUCUGCAUAGACUCGCGUGUGACCAGCCUGUAAUCAUGCCCUUACUGGUGUGUUGAUUUCCUGUCUCCUCCCCACCUCUUCCAGUUCAAAGGAGUCUGCGGUGGAAACUGCUGGACUUGGUGGCAUUUGGUGUGGGGUUCAGAGUUGAGCUUUCCAAGUGCACCGAAGACCAUCUUUUUCCCUGUUGGGCUUGUCUGUCGCUGGCAAGCACCGGAUUCCUGUGGAGAUGUGGCAGAGUCAGGAACUCUUUACCCAAAGUAGUAUUGUCACCUGCAGCGCCUCAUUGCUCCGGGAGGUGAGCUGGUUAACAAUCUUGUACCCCAGAACAAUAGUGCUUUAACUUUUCUAAAGCCAGAUUUCCCGUGCAAGCUGCAAUUUCUGUCUUUAGCCCAUCAUCGUCCUUCACCCCUCCCCUCCCCUAUCUGUGGAAUUCAUUCACUGAUGCAAAACAUUUACCUUUGAAAUGACUGAGAAUUGAGCCUUAACUUGAUUAACUUGUGAGAAUCAGGAAAAAUUCCUUAAACUGCAUCACAUCUUUUUGGACCAGGGCUAGAAAGGGGAUUUUGGGUUUCUAUGAGCCUGCCCAGUUACCCCUGAAAUAGACCUCUUUAGAAUUGUGUUGCUACUUCUAAAACCUUAGCAAUAUUAGAAUAACACAUAAAUGAAAUAAAUUUUGCGCAUUAUUUUGCAAACCAAAUAGACUUAAACCCAAACCUGUGUUGGAAAAACACGUUUGUGGUGAAUAAAACUGUAGCGGUUACCUGCCCCCUGCAACUAUUUUAUACUAACUAGGGGGAAUUUUAAAUGUCAUCCAUUUAAAGAGUAGUGGUUUGCAUUUUAUUUCUGGGCUUAUGUUUUUGUCUUCAUUUGGGGCUCAAUUCAUUUAUACUUGGGAAAAAACAAGGCCAUAUGUACAAACCCUUCCAAUGCCUCUAAGUGUCUUUCUCCUGCAACCCCACACCCAGACUUCCCACUUUGGGUGCACAGAUGGUUAGGUCACCAACUGAUUCUACCUGUUGCUGAGCCACAUAUGAGGCUUCAGAAUAGCUGGGAAGAGUAUUUUUCUAAUAUAUUGCAAGAAAUAGCCAAAUCUUACUGAAGAAAGAAGUGAAGCGUACUUAGCAUAGUACAAUCAGAACUCUGUGGAGACCACGGGCGGGCUUGCCCCCACUGCCGACUGCUCUUCCCACCAAGAUCUUCCCAGAUAAUUGUCAGCGGGAGGCUUGCCCGGUCCCCCUUCCUUCUCUAUUGCACACAGGACAUCAGUCUUCAAGGAAAAGGACUUUUUUCCAGUCUGCCAAUCAUAUGGGAAAAUGCUAGCCAUGCUUACCUUCGUGGGAAUGUUUCUGCUCGCCUGAGAGCCUGUGUUUCUUUAGACGGAUCGCCAGUGUAGAUAACCAGUGUGCUUAUGAGUUAGUUGGUAUACAUUUGCAUUUUUUGGAAUAACUGGUUGGGGCUAUCUAUUAUGGAAAAGAUGCAGAGAGCUGUCAUCCAUCUAUGAGGAUGGAAGGAAAGAAAAUGCCGGUGGGGAGAAGGCAUAGAAAGCCCUCAGCCAGUGUCCACUGCUGUGGAGAGACCCUCUGCCCCCAGCCUAAGGGAAUGACCUCAGGCCCCUUCUCUAAAUCGCCUCUCUACAAAGCACAACACUAAUGUAUGUUUCUCAGACCUCAGUUCAAACGUCCCUAUUUAUUUCAGUAAGAACACUCAUCCCAGCCCAGUGCUUCUUGUUGUCUUUGUCGUAUCUUCCUCCUCCCUUGCUGAUUUCCACCCCUUUAAGAGUUAUGCUGGCGAAUCAUACUCCAUGCACCAUUGUUGGCUUGUAAAGGCAGCAGUCAAGGGCACAAAGACAGCCAUGGGGACAUGCGUGUAAAUAUGUCUAACUGCCACACUGCAGCAGAACCGUGUGUGGUAUUUUCUCAGUCAGCUUUGCCGUACUGACGCCAAUCAUUUGAGAAAAAUUACUCAGAUUUUAUUUUUAUAUCCGUUGUCACAAAACAUUAACCAAAAGAUUUUUGGUUCAGAAGCAAGCAUCCCUGACCCCCAUCCCAAGCUGUUUGCUCACAUUAACGAAUCAAAGUGCCUGAAGCAUCUUUUGUUCACCUGUAUACUAAAACCCCUGUUGUAUUGAUUUUUUUAUAAUAAGCCUUUUUACCUCUGUAAAAAAAUAUAUAUACAAGUGUAUGAUGUACAUUUUAGUUCUUAACUUUUUUUAUGGUUUCUAAUAUGUAUGCCCAAUGUAGCCAUUGCUUUAAAAUGUACCAUGUAAAUAUAAACACAUCCUAUCA